UUUAAUUCUAUAGACCAUUUGUUCCGAUUGUUCCAAAAUACACCAUAGAAGGGUGGUGGCAAGUACUCUCUUGUCCAUCUCAAAACUAAGAAAUAACUCCAAGAAAUCAUCCAAAAAGGAAUCUUAUCUAAUAUCUUCCAGCUGUAUGUUCGGACAGGUGACUCUCCAACAACCCUCUCUACUCCAACAGCAAUGAAUGUAAUGUAUUGUAGCAAGACUCAUCUUCCUGAGCGCAAAUGUCACACGCGGAUUCAAGAAGGAACCCCCCCGCCUCUUAACCACAUCCCUGGUUGGCAAGGUUCCCCAUAUCCAUCUCCAGAAAAAAUGCUUGACUUUUGGUGGGACCUCAAGCGUCCAUACCGCAUUCCAAACCGGCUUAAUCUCUUCAUUGUAUUUCUGAAACUCAUUUGCAAAGAUAAUAUCUCGCACAUAACGGUAAGCUGAUUUUACACUGAACUUACCAUUGUUAGUAGUACCACCCCAUACCCGUUGUCAUUUUUGCAGUGCUUACUCAAUGGAAUAUUAAAAUUUUUUCAGCAUCAUUAUGUUUUUUUUCUCAAUCCAACAUGGGGUCUCAAAUUUGCCAAAAAAGGAAAUAAAAAACGUGGGUUCUCCAACUCUUAUCCAUAGAGAUAUCUCAUUGGAUGUGUUUUUCUCAAAAAUUCUAAACUGGCACCAACGCAUGACAAACUUCAAGUGUAGGAUCUUGCUCUGGUGUAAAGCCAGAAAGAAGGAUUUUGCAACAACUCUCGCCUUCCAAGCAAUUAACUUAUAUUAGGAUGGUUGGAAAAAAUGUUGGUUUAAAGUUGAGUUUUACUCUUUCUUUUGAACGAUUUGUUAGAGAAAGCAAUAUUUUUUUUGGAGAAUGAAUUACUGAUUUAUCU